AACGUUCAUAUUGACCGACCACCCCCCUGUAUCUGCAUGAAAUGGUUUGGUCCUGCCUUAGCGCACUCAUCAGUGAGUGAAUGACGGUGUUUAGUUGCAGACAGUUUAGUCGAUGCGCCAGAAACACAGAUUACAAUGUUGAGCAGUAUAAGAAAAUCUGGUUUUCAAAAAAGGAAAGAGAGAAAAGAGAGAGAGGAAAGACAAAGGAAAGGGUGUCAAUCUGUAACCCAGUUUUUCACCAAGAAAGGUGGGUAGCCUUUAGUCUGUGAGUGGUAUUAACCUGUUGUCCAUAGAGACAGAGCGUAUUUAGGCCACGGAACAAUCCAACCGUCUCCAUUGACUUUGCAUUGCGAGAGACUGCGUCCUUGUCAUUUAUGACUUAUAACAAAAAAACAAAACAAUGUCUAAAAGCUGCUGUGUGACAAGGUAUACAGCAAACAAGCUAAAUAACCCAGAAAUAUUUUUUUAUAAGCUGUCGACACCAAAAAAACGGAAACUUUUAGCAAGAUAUUCAUAUUAAAUCAUUGUCCAUGCCCCUUUUAGCAGACUUAACAACAGAUGAGUCAGCAGCACCCCAGUUUCCCCAUAACUGCACCCCUCCCUGUCCCUGUGAAGAAGGUGAGCAACAUUGUGUAAAUGACUUAGCAUCAUUCCAGGGAGUCUGUGUGGGGUUCUCUGUCUCUGUUGCUCUUUUUACCAUAAUAAAAAAGACAAUGAAAUAUUUAUUAAUGACAGAAAUCAAACACAAAUUAUUUUCUCACAUAAUGACCAUUAUGACAUAAAUAAAAAAAAAAAAAACUCCUGUCUGUACUGGAUGCAGUUAGAAACAAUGAGUAGUAUUGAACCUCAACCUGCAUGUAGUACUGGUAUUGAACUACAAGAAACAAGACAGUUGCAAGCCUUUGAUUAGAGUUAUGUAAAGCAUUUGAUGGCAAAGUUAGGCCCUAGAGAUGUGGUGACAACAGCUGCGCAGAAGGGGCCCAAUUCGAUUUUGUUGUCAUGGGGCCCAAAAUUCCUGGCGGCACCCCUGACCACACACACUGUAAAAAUGAUAAAGAAUCCACAAAUAAUAACAGCCACAGAAUGUAGAAGGGUUGGCAAUCAUAAGAACACGUAACAUUGCAUUUCAAUUCUUUGUCGUUUUCACAUUAAUGAGGAAAAGCCAAUAUUAUGGACGUGACAGUUGUAAAAGUUGCACUAACAUGAUGUGGGGAAACCAUCCAAAAUGCUUUGAAACCUGCAGACUUUGACCCCUGAGACAUCAGUAUUGUAUCCAGUAAGGCUGGCAAUUGAUUUAAUUAAGAAUUAAAUCGAACAGAGGCAUAAAACACUUGCAAUGUCUCAUUACAGAGGAUAGCAGAAGGCACAUUAAUAUUGAAUGGUGAUUAAAACUUGAACUACAGUACCUGUGCAUUAAAUGGUUUUAACGCACGUUCCAGCCAAUCAGAAUUGAGUUUUCAAAUAGACCAUGGUAUAACGUUAGUUGUUUGUUAACAUAAAUAGCAACUGACAUUCCAGCUGUGUAAUGUAGGUCAAUUGUGUUUGGAACACUCAAGCACUCACAGUUGCCUUUGAUUGGAUGUGCUGCCAUGAACUCUUGAUCCUCCUAGUGUCAAAUGGCUUCUACUUGCAUGUUGAGAGCAGCUGGAUACAGUUUGGCCCGGCGGGACGUGACUCUUAUGAUUGGGUUGCAGGCACAUCCACACCGCCAUUAACAGAGAACCAUCUCCAGGGUUACUGGAACGAGCUGACUUCAAACAAGGUCAAAGAGAGAACGGAGAUAAUGGUUUAUGUUGUCAUAGUAGCGGGCUCACUGCUCUUUCUCAGUGUCAUGGCCUUCCUUGUUUACAAAGGAUGUUCCAAGAUCAAGCAGAACACGAGCAGUGUGAUACAGCUGGAUUUUCAGGAUGCUGACAGCAGUGCAGAGUUUCUGUCCUCCCUGGAGGAGCAGGAGGCCAGUGAGGAAGGCAGUGAUGGGCUUUUACUGAUGGUGUAUCUGCCAGCCCCCUAUGAGAAGACCCUAACAAGGAUAGCACGCGCCGCCAGCAUCUCCAGCACCCGUAAUGAUGCAGAGAUUUUGGAAUUAGGCGAGGAGAACUCAGCUGAUCAAGAGUGAUAACUAAUGUUAGAAAGAUCAUGUUUCUCCUCCAAUGUCAAAAACAUGUGCUGGUCCGCAUAAUGCAUUCUUUCAAGCAACUCUGCGUGCCAUGUAAAUACCAUGAUACAUUAAAUAUGUCAAUCAUUCAGCACCCCUGGUAUUACCUUGUGAUAUCAUCUCUGUACCAUAGUACAGCCACAGUAAUAUUUAUUCAUGGAAAUUGCAAGUCAUCUAAAAACUCUCUUUUUGUUUUCCUGACCUUCACCAUAAGGCAGUGCCUGUGAACAUUUUCAGUAUCAUAUACAAUAAUAUAAUAAUAUUGUAAUGUGUGUAUACAUUGCAAAGAAAAUAUAGUCUUUUUUAAUGUCAAACAUGUAAUGAAUAAUGAACAGUCAGCCUGUCAUUAGGGGCAUAUAAUGACCAGUAAUUAGAUAAUGACUGACUGUGCUUAACACCACAUAUUACACGGCUGCUGAUAGUAUUAUGAUUUUUAAGAAAGAAAGCCCAGUGCCGGCCCUAAAUAGCACUUACCUCACAGCUUUAUACACGUCAAUAGUGUGAUCAUGGAACACUUAAAAAAUAAAUAUAUAGCACACCUAAGGCUGGAAUUAUCUGCAAAAUAAAGUUUAAAUGAAGUCUUGACAAUGUUAAGUGGUUUAGGUUAAAUUUAUUGUAGACGUUUUAGUACUUAAGGACUAAGGAGUUUAGAACAAAUCUUAACAAAUAUGUUUGAGGAAUAUCAAUGAAGUGCUGCCUUGCGAGCAUUAAAACGAAGGGACAAAAAGUCAAAAGCUAUUCAGAAUCAUUUUGUACCAUCACUGUUGUACCCUUGAGCAAGUACAAUGAUGCUAGAGCUCUUCUCAGAUUUAACUUUUUUCACUUCAUUUUGUGCAAUGGCAUUUAACUAACUGAUGUUAAUGUUAUUUAAAAUGAUUUCAAGUUCACUGGUGUCGUGCAGCACAUUCUCUGUGGACAUGCUACACUAACAUUAAGACAACCUGUGUCCAAAUUCUUCAUUAUAGAAACAUUAUAUUGUUUAAUAAUUUGAAACCUCACACUUCUUUUUGUGAAAUGUUUUGCUUUGAAAGUGUGUCGUUCUUUAACCAUCAGAUUGAAGUAUUUAUAUUAUAUCUUUUUUCCCCUCUUCCUUGAAAGUGUUUUAGGCAGCCACUAUUUUUAAGCAUAUUUUGUUUUGGUGUGAAUUUUGCGUGAUUUUAUCCAGCUGUGUCAUUUCAUUUUCCCACCAAAACUGUUGCUGUGAAACAGCUCAUAUUGUCAGCUACAGUUUUUGUGUAGUUUUGGCCCUUGCAAGUGGCAUUACUUUAAAGUAAUGUUGUAAUUCUGCUACGUUGGUUCUUCAAUGGUUCAAAUAAAUUAUGCAUGCUUUGAUAAACAGACAUUUUUAACCCACAUGCAACCUUCGGGACAUUUUUGUCUUUUCAUUAAUUUUGGCUGUGUUAAUGCAAACUGCAUAUAUUUAGCCAAAUGUGUGUAUUUCUGGGGGAAUUUUGAUAUUUACACCUAAUUUCCCAAAAAUACAUCUAUAAUACACUGUAUACACAAAAAAGUUACACUCAGGAACUUCCAGUGAUUCCAGUGCCAUUAAAGCAUAAAAUAAUUAAUUCUACAAUAUUAUGCUGUAAUAUUUUCCACCAGAUGGUACCAUUUUUCUCAUGUUUAGCCUUUGGAGCAAAUACAUGCUUUUUUCCUAUUUACUGUUUGCUGUAUUAUAUAGAUCAUGCAGGCCAAUUGAAUAAAUGAUGCAGCUAAAAUUGUGUGUGUUGGUAUGGAU